AACCAAACCAAAUCAACCUGUUCUCCAGUUUCGGGCGAAUGUCUCCUUCGAAGUGCUGGCUCCUGGGCAUCCUGCUGCUACUGACCAUUGCCACCAGCUGGCCCACGGGCACCACAGCGGCUCCCCGACGAGCACGAGGAUUGAGCCUGAUCCUGCCGCACCGCCAUCAUAAUCAUCAUCAUCAGCACGCCAGAUCGACGGAGACGGACAAAGUUGUGGUACGAGCCUUGCAAGUAAAUCAGACUGACGGCAGGCAGAGUUGCUCGAGAAAAAUGGAUAUGGAUAUGGAACCCCAUGACGAACUAAUCCAAAAUCUCACAUCGGCUCUUCAGGUGGCCAGCGAAACGCGGGAGGCUGCCAUCUGUCUGACCAAAGAAUGGAUGGAAAACAUCCAAAAGGACACGCUGAAAGAUUUUGUGAAAAAGUAUUCGUGGCACAUUCAGUACCUGCAACAUCCUCUGGAGGCUGAGGUGAAAAAGGUUCACUACAACAACGAGACGGACAAGUUCGAGUACACGGGGGCCAAGGAGGUGACCGACUUGAAGGAGGAGAUCCCCGCCAUUAUCGAGACCCUGCUGGUGAUGGUGCAGUUCUUCGACAAGGUGCGAUUCGAGCACAAAUCCUGGCACUGCUACUUCAACAACUUCCCGGACUUCUUCUAUCACAACGUCCACGAGGCAUUGAGAGUGGUUCGCCGCACGGAUGCCUGCAAUCCGGGCCACUCCGAGUAUAAUGAGACGCAUCCCAGAAUGGAAGCAUUCGCCGCAUUGGAGAGCAUUCGGGUGCUGACCGUCGUGGUGCACAAGUACCAGGAGCUGCUCAGGCUACUCUCGUAAUCGAAAGUCGAAAAUCGAAAGUCGAAAGUCAAAAGUCGAGAGUCCAGAAGAAGCAACAAGCCAUACCAAAAAUGAACUAAUCGCCUCCGAUGACCCACUGCAAUCUCAAGCUGCUAGGCUACGCCCACGUAUUCGUAUAUCCCUCUGCCUUAGACCCUAUUAUUUAUUUUAACUUAUUAUACCCCCACCCCAUCCCUUCGUAUUUAUAUCGCUUUCGCAUCCUAUUUAUAUACAUAUCACCAUACUCACACAACACAUUCACCGCCUCGCAGGCUCGAUAACUUAUGAAAACUAUUACUUAAGUAUAUUUUUUUUAUAUAUAUAUAGAAAGUCAUUGGAUAUACUGUGACUAUUAAUAAAUUAUACCGAUUAUGCGCA